AGUGGUGGCGGAUUCCCCGUCCGCCCGACGUCCGGGCUGCUGUGAGGAUGCGAGGUCUGAGCGUGGCGGGGCUCCUGGGAGGCGUCAUCCUGCUGGCGACCUCGGUCUCCUGCAACCGGACCUCCCAAGGAACCCAUGGUAAAGGAAGAAGUCUCAUUGGCCGAGUGGCCACUCCCCCUCCGGUCUCUGGGAAAGGGGUUACAGUAGAACUGGGCUUCUCCAUUGAUGAGUUCUCUACAUCUGUCCUCACCGGGAAGAUGACCACUGUCUUUCUUCCGGUCAUCUACACUAUUGUAUUUGUGAUUGGUUUGCCCAGCAAUGGCAUGGCCCUCUGGGUCUUCCUUUUCCGGACGAAGAAAAAGCACCCUGCUGUGAUUUACAUGGCCAAUCUGGCCUUGGCAGACCUCCUCUCCGUCAUCUGGUUCCCCCUGAAGAUUGCCUACCACCUCCAUGGCAACAACUGGAUGUAUGGGGAUGCGCUUUGCAAGGUGCUUAUCGGCUUUUUCUAUGGCAACAUGUACUGCUCCAUCCUCUUCAUGACCUGCCUCAGUGUGCAGAGGUACUGGGUGAUCGUGAACCCCAUGGGACACCCCAGGAAGAAAGCAAACAUUGCCAUUGGUGUCUCCCUGGCGAUCUGGGUCCUGAUUUUCCUGGUCACCAUCCCCUUGUAUGUCAUGAAGCAGACCAUCUACAUUCCAGCCUUGAACAUCACCACCUGUCACGAUGUGCUGCCGGAGGAGGUGCUGGUGGGGGACAUGUUCAAUUACUUCCUCUCCCUGGCCAUCGGAGUCUUUCUGUUCCCAGCCUUACUUACCGCAUCUGCCUACGUGCUCAUGAUCAAAACGCUCCGUUCCUCCGCCAUGGAUGAGCACUCCGAGAAGAAAAGGCGAAGGGCGAUCAGACUCAUUGUCACCGUCCUGGCCAUGUACUUCAUCUGCUUUACUCCCAGCAACCUUCUGCUGGUUGUGCAUUAUUUCCUCAUUAAAAGCCGGGGCCAGAGCCACGUCUAUGCCCUCUACCUGGUCGCCCUCUGCCUGUCGACCCUCAACAGCUGCAUCGACCCCUUUGUCUAUUACUUUGUUUCCCAAGAUUUCAGGGAUCACGCCAAAAACGCGCUCCUCUGUCGAAGCGUCCGCACCGUGAAGCGCAUGCAAGUAUCCCUCACCUCCAACAAGUUCUCCAGGAAAUCCAGCUCUUACUCUUCAAGCUCAACCAGUGUUAAAACUUCCUACUGAGUGGUACCUGGGGAUGUCAAGCCUGCUAGAUUGUGUGUGCGAGGGGUGGGGAUGCAAAGACAUGGGGCUGUCAUUUUCUAACCAAGCUGGUCUCAGCACUGAUCACAAGCAUGGACGUCAGUAUCAGUAUUCUGCUCUGAUGUCCCCGAGACUGAACGAACUGAGAGACACAUAUUUUGUGGAAGUGAUGAGAGAAGAAGGCAGAAAUCCAGUGCUUGCAAAAGCUACACCUGGCAAGAAGACUAAGUUUCUAGCUGAAAUGAUUUCUUCUGCAUCUGGGGUUCCAUCACAGCUUUGUCAGGACCUGAGGCCCUCGUAAGCUUCAGUCUAGUUGAUUGACUUUUCGGGUGAGAUGAGGAGACCAGCUGUGAAUGAAGUUCCUGUCCGGAAUUCUAACCUGCAACAGUGAGCUUGCAUUGGACAGUAGAAUCCAAAUGCCCAGUGGUUACAUUCUUGCACCAUUUCCUCAGAACCCCUGGGGAUCUUGUUCAGUGUGCAGGCCCCUCAGCUUCAAUAACCAGAGCUCUGCUAACGAGGCAGCCGCUCUACAAACCUCAGUGAUGUCUACAUGCACAGAACCAUGGAUCGGAACACUGCUGCCACCCACCAGGACAGUAAUGUUUGAAAAGAAAAGCCAAUAGCAAUGUUUUGGGCCUCUUUAUGGUCGUUUAUUAUGAAAUUUGCCUAUUGGUUUAUUGGAAUUUUCGGUUCCUUUAUUACUCCUUUGUAGUUUUGUAUAUCUGUUAGUCAAGAAAAAGAGAAUGAGGAUCUUAAACCUGUAAAUAUAAAUUUUGUAUAAUUUUUUUUUUACUUAUAUCAGUGUGGAUAAUGGAGUAUUUUGCCAACUGCAAAUAACAUUUACCACUUAGUGGCUUUUUUUUAAGUUACUUUUUUAAACUGUAGUGUGCAAACUUAAGACAUUUUCAUGAUAAUGGAUCGUUAUAGUGUCAGUUCCCCUAUACUCCAUCAUAUUCCCUCCCCCACACCCCCCUCUCCCUCCUGUCCGCCCCCUCCCCUGGUACUCCCCCCCCCUCCCCCACCAAAUAGCCCCCUGUCUGCUUUCAGGUACCGUUUAGUAUUUUUUAAAAACUGUUGUUGGAAUAUUUAUUGUCGGUUUUGUUCACCUGUUAUGGAAUUAAAGUCUGCACAUCUGUUUGGAAAAGAGCACCGACCAGACGCUACAGCUGUUGCAGAGAUUCACGACUCCAGACCUACGUUACAGACUGACUGGACUUGUGGCUUUAAGAACUCCUAUGGUGUGUGACUGGCUUAUAAACAAUACAUGGACUCUUU